AUGGACGUACGAACCUUCAUCUCGGACAACUUGAUCAAGCUGGUGGGUGGGUCAGAGAACAUGAUCGUCGACUUUGUCCAGCAGACAGCCAGCUCGGUCAAGAAUCCAGACCAGCUUCACGACAAGCUCCAAGCCAUGAUCGAUGCCGACGACAGAGACUUGCGCACUUUCAACGAACAGCCCGUAUCUGCUCCACCACCGAUCGCUCGCCGUCGCGAUCGCACAGAAGACAAGAAAGACCGCUCAGACCGCCACGAUCGCCGCGACCGUCGUACGAAACGUUUGCGCCAACGAGACAAUGGCGAUUUCGACGACCGCUGGGGCGAUGAAGAGUACGAAGAGGAAGAGGAAGAAGAGGACCGACCACGGCCAUCAGCCUCGAAGCGUACAAAAUUGGACGACGAGGCUCAGGAACUCGCCCUGCUCCGCAAGCAAGUUGCCGAGGAACAGAUGGAACUUCGUGAAAACCCCUUACUCACAGCUCAGGAGAAGGCCGAAUUCGAAAAGAACAAGAGAACUCUGGAAAUUGCAGAAGAGCGUCUGCGUAUCGACGACCAUCUCGAGGGCUACGCUCUUCCGGAUGACUACAUAACAGAAAGGGGCAAGAUAAGCCGAAAAGCAAAGUCGGAUGCAUUGAACAGUCGUCAUGUCGACCGAGACGAGUAUGGAAGAGAACGCUUUGUCACUGAACACGAAGAAUGGGAGAACGAACAGCUCGCUAAGACGAAGGCUCAAAUAAUGGUCUCUGAGCGUGUCAACGAAGCCGACUACGAAUAUGUCUUUGACCAGGAUCAGCAAAUUCGAUGGAUGACCGAUCGUGUCAUGUCUGGGAGCAUGCAACAACAGACUCAGGAGGAACGUCAGCUUGCUCAACAACUCGUCGCUGCCGAAAGAAAGGCAAAGACAAUCGAAGAGAAGCGAAAGACUUUGCCCGUGUAUACGUACCGAAACGAGUUCCUGGCUGCUGUCGACAAAUACCAGGUUUUGAUCGUUGUCGGAGAGACUGGUUCCGGAAAGACUACGCAACUGCCUCAAUAUCUCCAUGAACACGGUAUGACCAAGGAUGGCAAGAUGGUAGGAUGCACACAACCCCGUAGAGUUGCUGCCAUGUCGGUCGCUACUCGUGUGGCAGAAGAAAUGGGUGUCAAGGUUGGUAACGAGGUCGGAUAUUCUAUUCGAUUCGAAGACGCAACCAGCGAUAAAACCAUUCUCAAGUAUAUGACUGAUGGUAUGUUGUUGCGCGAAUUCUUGACAGAGCCCGAUCUCGGCAAAUAUUCUGCUUUGAUGAUUGACGAAGCUCAUGAACGUACAUUGCACACCGAUAUUCUAUUUGGUCUCAUCAAAGACAUUGCGCGUGGAAGACCAGAUCUGAAAAUUCUCAUCUCAUCUGCCACUCUGGAUGCACAGAAGUUCUCAUCCUACUUCGACGACGCUCCGAUUAUGAACAUUCCUGGAAGAACUUUCGACGUUGAGAUGAACUACAGCAUGCAACCGGAGGCCAACUAUCUAUCAGCUGCUAUCACGACAGUCUUUCAGAUCCAUCUAUCUCAACCUAUGCCUGGCGACAUCCUGGUUUUCUUGACCGGACAGGACGAGAUUGAGCAAGCGAACGAGUCUUUACAAGAAACUGCUCGGAAACUUGGAGCUGCUGCUGGCGAGUUGAUGAUAUGUCCUAUCUACGCGAACUUGCCUACCGAUAUGCAAAACCGAAUCUUCGAACCGACGCCGCCAAAGGUGCGCAAAGUCGUCCUGGCUACCAACAUUGCCGAGACAAGUUUGACAAUCGACAAUAUCGUAUAUGUCAUUGAUCCUGGUUACGUCAAGGAGAACAGAUAUACCCCCGCCACGAACAUGGAAAGUCUUGUCGCCGUACCAAUUUCGCGUGCUUCUGCGAAUCAGCGAGCAGGCAGAGCCGGUCGUACAGGCCCUGGUAAAUGCUUCCGUCUGUACACAAAAUGGGCUUUCUACAACGACUUGCCAGAAUCAACCACACCUGAAAUUCAGAGGACCAAUCUAACAAGUGUGGUCUUACUCCUUAAGUCAUUAGGUAUCAACGACUUGCUCAACUUUGAGUUCCUGGAUCCGCCAUCUCCUGACAUGCUCAUCCGCUCACUGGAACAGCUAUACGCUUUGGGUGCAUUGAACGACAAGGGAGAGCUUACACGAGUAGGUCGUCAAAUGGCCGAAUUCCCAACAGACCCUCUUCUAGCAAAAGCAAUCCUCGCAGCCGACAAGGAAGGCUGCGUGGAAGAAGUGCUCUCCAUCGUCUCCAUGCUCGGCGAAGCAAAACGCUUCACCAUCAAAGACGGCGGCGACCACCUUACCUACCUCAACAUCUGGAACCAAUGGGUCGACUCGGACUUUUCUCAAGUCUGGGCCAAAGAGAACUUCCUCCAACAACGCAGUCUCACCCGCGCAAGAGACGUCCGCGACCAACUCGCCAAACUCUGCGAUCGCGUCGAAGUCACCGUAUCCUCCUGCGGUGCCACAAACAUCCCACCAAUCCUCAAAGCACUCACCGCAGGCUUUUUCCCCAAUGCCGCUCGCAUACAGAGGGGAGGAGACAGUUACCGCACCGUCAAGAACAAUCAAACCACUUGGCUGCAUCCCUCGUCUGUGCUUGCUGCAACCGGAAACCGCCCUAAAUGGACUAUUUACCAUGAACUUGUGCUUACGAGUAAAGAGUUUAUGCGUUCGUGUUUUCCUCUGCAGCCAGAGUGGCUUUCAGAGGUUGCGCCGCAUUACUAUAAACCCAAGGAUGUGGAGGCUUUGGGGGUGGAUAGGAAAAUGCCAAAGGGGCAAGGUGCUGCUGCAAGCCGUCUUUGA